AUGAGAUUGGCCCUUCUGGCCUUAAGACUGAUGUGCUUGGCCUGGUUGUGGCCUGUCACUCAGCUCAACAGCAGCACUUUCCCGAAUAAGAGGAGACACAAGGAGUUGUACAUCGGAGAAAACACUAAAGUAAAGCAUGGAGGACGAGUGGACCUUAAGAUGAAAAAGCUGGACAGCACCAAGUCUCUCCUUAUUAAAUCUGAGCAGCUACUUCGGAUUGAAGAUCAUGACUUUGCAAUGCGCCCAGGCUUUGGAGGUUCAGCUCUUCCUGUGGGCAUAGAUGUCCAAGUGGAGAGUAUUGACAGCAUAUCUGAAGUCAACAUGGACUUCACAAUGACUCUCUACCUGCGGCAUUACUGGCAAGAUGAUCGCCUGGCCUUCCCCUCUAGCAACAACAAGAGCAGAACUUUUGAUGCACGCCUUGUCAAGAAAAUUUGGGUUCCAGAUGUGUUCUUUGUCCAUUCUAAACGUUCCUUUAUCCAUGAUACAACCAUGGAGAACAUUAUGCUGAGGAUUUAUCCUAAUGGUAGAAUUCUCUACAGUGUCAGGGUCACUGUGACUGCGCUUUGUUCAAUGGACUUCAGUAGUUUCCCUCUGGACACACAGAACUGCUCUCUGGAGCUGGAGAGCUAUGCUUACAGUGAGAACGACCUAACGCUCUACUGGAAGAACGGGAACAAUUCAUUAAGGACUGACGAGAUCAUGCUCUCUCAGUUUUUUAUUGAAGACUUCCAGGCUUCCUUUGGGCUUGCCUUCUACAGCAGCACUGGUUGGUACAAUCGGCUCUACAUAAACUUCCUUCUGAGGAGGCAUAUCUUCUUCUUCAUGCUUCAGACUUACUUUCCUACCAUGCUGAUGGUGAUGCUGUCCUGGGUGUCUUUCUGGAUAGACAGGAGGGCUGUACCUGCCCGUGUUUCUCUGGGCAUUACCACGGUUCUGACAAUGUCCACCAUCAUCACUGGUGUCUCAGCCUCUAUGCCACAGGUGUCUUAUGUCAAAGCUGUAGACAUCUACCUGUGGGCAAGCUUCCUAUUUGUCUUUCUGUCAGUUAUCGAAUAUGCUGCUGUCAACUAUUUCACCACAGUGGAGGAGAUGAAGAAACUCAAGAAUGCAAAGAUUCCCAGCUCCUUCAAUGCCACCCAGGCUAUGGCCUUUGAUGGGUGUUUCCAUGACAACGACAUCGACCUGACUUCUUUUCAAGAGGUUGCCAGCACCACAAACACAGAGAGAAACACUCAGUCUCGAAACUCCACCAUCUCUGCACCCACAGAGGGAACCAGGCUACGCCGCAGGAACACUUUAAAAUACAACCUCAGCUUCAUCAUGAGCAACAGCUACAUGAUCGACUCGUACUCCAGAGUCAUAUUUCCCUUGGCUUAUCUGCUCUUCAAUAUCAUUUACUGGAGUAUGUAUGCAUAG